CUCUCGCGUGACCCCCCAAAAUCGUGCAUGCGCGUGGGCCGAUUUUUCGUUUUUUGUAUGUGUGUUUUCGUGAAAAGAUUGUUGGUCCGCAUUACCAGCUGACGACGCCAAAACGUGUUUUAACUUGGUAUUUGACUACGAACUGGUAUCGUGGAAUACUCGCUUCCACGAACGACUUGGCUCUUCACGUUCGACAGAGACCUGUGGACAGACCAUACGGAGGGAAGGGUCAUUCAGUUUUUAAUUUGGACAACGGAAAGCCGGUCAAAACUCUAAAAACAAGUGAUUUUCGGUGUUUUUUGGUGCUUUCCACGGGCGCCCUCGUACGUGUGGGACGAUUGCGAAAACCCUAAACGACCAUUCCCCAGCCCUCGUUUCUGCGAUGGCUACCAAAGAAACCUCACCACAAUCCACCACUCCGGCACCACACAGCCCGUAUUACAAGAUCGGGUCCCGAUGGGUAGCCAGAAGGCAAAGAUCAAGCCCUCCUCACAGCGAAAAAAAAAAGAGAAGCUCAAACGCCAAAACGAGAAGUUGGUCGCGCAAAAUGGGAUGAAGAUGGCAGAGAGGUCGGCCCAGCGCAGGUACGAUGCCGUCGUUAGGCGCGAGGACGUUAGGGCGGCAAGUCGCUGUCGCGACAAUGCGUUACAAGCUGCUAGGGUAGCGCGUGAGAGUAAGAACAAGGCGAUGGCCGCGAAACCAGGUGCGGAGAAAGCAGCGGAAAAGGCGCGAGCAGAUCCCACCGAACAGCAGCGAUUGCGCGAAGUAACGACGUCCGCAGCGCAAGCCGAACACGAGAGCAGGGUGAGGGCGGAGGAGGAGAAGCGUGCGGUGACCAAGCAGCUGGAGGACGAGCGCCGGCGCACUCAGCAGCUGAUGAAGGAGAUGGCUCGUCUGGCUUCGGAGAAAAAGGAGCAGGAAAAAAAGUAUCACGAAAUGGCGCGAGAGCUGGGGCUAGAGCGACUUUGGAAAACUCCGGCUCCUCCCGUCCCCGACACCAACGUGCGUCUUCGGCACCAGGUCAUCGACGAGGCGAGGAGGGCGAUGCAGAGGAAAAGAGAACUGGACACCAUGGCGAAGCUGGUGAAGCUCAACUCCCAGCUGAGAAGGCAGGGUUCCCGCCAGAGGGAGACUAUCGAGACACUGCGAAAGAACCUAAAGGAUGGCAGUGAUGCGCUCGUUGCUGCACGCAAGCCCUCUCCCGCGGGGAAGGGAAUGCUCGAGGAGAUUCAAGAUAGGUUGCGGCCCAUCGAUGCUACGACCGAGUCGAUUCCGGAGGGCGAGGAGGAAACGGAGGGGGGAGAGCGGGAGGAGGGAGAGGAGCGGAAAGAGGGGGAGGGAACUGGAGUAACCCAGAGUAAGGCGCGGUUGUACGGGUUGAAUUUGGCACGCCUGUGCCAAGAGUAUCUCGAGGCCGGGACCCCCCGUUGUCAAGUCGGCCGCUUGGUCAUGUCCACGCUACGCCUUGCCACCGGCGUCGAGCUAGAUGUCGCGGGGGGCAAAAUGAAAUUUCACGGCACGACGGUAAAGCGGCUUGCGCUUGGAAUUGCGCACUUGGACAUGGCUGAACUGAUCGCCAUGAUCCUCAAAGCUCCCUACUUGCUGAUCGCGGGUGACGAAUCGCUGCGGAAAGGGGACAAGAAGUUCCCCAUUUUCGUGGCGUGUUGGGAUGUCGUAGCUGGCAGGCCUUGGUGGGGGCUUCUCCGGAUGUGCAGCAUGAAGGACAAAACUGCGGAAACACAAGCAUCGAUUUUUUUCGAGACCAUCGUCAACGUUCUGAAGUACCCUCGCCACCAAGUUUUGUACGUCCUGUCCGACAAUACCGCCUGUAUCUCGGGCGAAAAGGGGGGGUGUGUAACCAAGCUGCAGCAGAAGCUGCGGGGGGAAGACACCACGGCGGUCCCACGACAGGAGCAGGGUGGAGGGCGUGGGCGUGGGCGUGGGCGUGGUGGGCAGGGCGUGAGAGGUAGGGCGGGGAGAGGGCGAGGUGGACAGCAGGGCGUGAGAGGAAGGGCGGGGAGAGGCAGAGGGCGGGGAGCUUCACCAUCGACGACCCGCGGGCGAGGAGGACGAGCUGCUGGUAGGGGACGGGGGCGAGGCGCGAGAGGCAGCGGGCGAGGUGCCCCGGAGUCGUCUGGGGUGCGGGGAAGCGGGAGAGGCAGGCGCGGGCGCUCAUGA